AUGCGGAUGUUGAGCGGCUUGCACGGUUUAUUCCCCUCUUUCUGUCUAUUUCGACAAAUGGUUGACUUGCUAUGCUUGCUUCAGCAAGAAGGGAUUGAACAUGGCGAUAUUAGACAAGGCACUAUCAUUGUCACACAUCGCCCAUUCAAAGUGCGUCUCGCUGGGUUUUCGGAAUGCACCGAGGUGGGUGCAUCCUUGGGGUUGGAUGUUGCCGACCUCUGUCGUACGUAUAAAUUGGUAGCUGUCAAUACGUCCGACCACUUUGGAUCCGGGAAUGCGGAGAAGGAAUUAAUGCGAGGAGAUCCAGAAAUUACGACCCUCGUCCAUCGAGUAUUGAGCUGUGAAUCUGGGAAACGAAUGUCGGCAUCCGAUGUAAAUAGCCAUAUCCACAAUCUUGUUGGCGAUGCAUUAGGUGAGCCAUUUGCCAUGGCCACUGUUGCAAGAUCAUGGAAGCUGAGAAUGCGUCGUGAAGGCAAAGAUGUGUUCGUGGAAGUGGCUGCAUUACUUGACAGACUUCUAGCACAACGCCGAAAUCCCGAUCCCAUGAGGAUACGCUCGUGGGCCGAAUCUUACGCCCAUAAUUUCCUAUGCAAACGAAAAACAUAUGAUAGGGUACAAUUCUGUACGAGCAAGCGGGCAUUAAGAUUCUGCAGUAAAUUCAAUCUGGAAGAGUUCCAUCGGAUCAUUGAGACUGAAGUCUCCAAGAAGCGGCGAAGUUCCGGGAGUGAAAUUAUAAUACGCGAAGGAAAACCGGAACGUUUUCAAGUUAGCUAUCAUGUGUCAACGAUGAUGUUCAAUCUUUCCCACAUAGCUGAGGUUCUAGGCUGGAGACCGGAUUUUCUGAAGGAUUUGUCGAACCUGAGACGUUUCAGGAGGUAUACGACGAACAGUGGGGUGGCACUUACGUUAACCAAAACUUCUGUAGCGCUUUCCUUCAAGGACGACAUGAUGGUAUAA